GAAAUUCAAAGAUUUUAAAAGUACCAGCUGGCGCCUUUUAAGAGCUACAGCUCGGCGCCGCGGCUAGCCACCUCUCUCUUGUGGUCGCCGCCACCUCACCUGCAUUGGAACCCAAGUUUUCCGGCAUGAGCCGGCGCGCCUGCGGUGAUCUCCCCCGGCCGUCCUCCUGUCUCUGCCCUCUUGACGCGCGGACGACCGUGGACGGUUGUAAAGAAGAAAGCCCUGUUCUUUCGGUUACCAUGAAGUGUUUUAAUUGCAACCCUGAUCUUUUGGAGCUUGAGGUGGUGAAGACUGAGGACAGUGGGAGGGAAGGUUCCUACAGUCCUGUGUGUUUGGAACCUUCCUGUGACAAUUGUGUUGGAAACCAUGAAAGAUUGUCUUUUGUCGAAUCACCAAUUGUGGGACAUGAUAACAAGGAAAAUCAACGUGUACAAAAUAUACUAGAUAGUUCAAAGGAAGUGGAAGAGCUGGAGGCCAGCAGACUGUAUGAGGACAGCGGCUACUCCUCAUUCAUACAGAGUGACAGUGACGAUGGCAUCCUUAUCCUGGAGAAUUUCAGAAACAGUUCCCAGGCCCAUCUGCUGCUGUCAUCGCAGAGCCCAGACCAGCAUCCCAACAAAAACCUGCUGCCUGCCCUGCAUUUUGAAAGAGUGGUUUGCUCAACAUUAAAAAAGAAUGGCAAGCGAAACUCUAAAGUGGAUCAAGAAAUGCUGAAGGAAGUUAUCGCCAGCGGAAACAUUACACUGCAAAAUAUAAUUGGCAAGAAAAUGGGCCUGGAACACCUAGAUAUCCUGGCUGAGCUCUCCCGGAGGGGAUGUAUGCACCUGUUAGCUAAUAUUUUCAUGAAGCUCAGCGGCAUGGACUUAAUAAAUUUGUCUAAAGUGAGCAGAAUUUGGAAGAAGAUACUAGAAAGCGAUAAAGGAGCAUUCCAGCAAUACAGCAAAGCCAUGCAGAGAGUCAUUGAAAGCAAUAAGUUGUCACUACAUGCUUCAACCAGAGGAUAUGUCGUGGGCAGAACUGCACUAACCUGUGUUCAAAAGUCAUCGACCUGGGCACCUCCCAAAAAUGUUCAACCCAGUCAACGUGGUCAGAGGGGUUCUGUCUACAGCCGGCACAAUGAGUUCCUGGAGGUGGCAAAGACAUUGAAAAACAACGAAAGCCUCAAAGCCUGUGUUCGCUGUAAUUUCCCUGCAAAAUAUGACCAUUAUUUAGAGCGAGCAGUCUGCAAACGGGAAAGUUGUAAAUUCGAAUAUUGUACAAAGUGUCUGUGUGCUUACCAUAACAACAAAGACUGUUUGAAUAGCAAGAACCUAAAAGCCAGCUGCAAAAUGGGUCCUUUGCCUGGAACUAAAAAGAGUAAAAAGAACUUACAAAGAUUGUGACCUUUUAGUCGAUCAACUGUACAUCGUAAGGGCUACUUUAAAAGAAAAAAAAGAAAAGAAAUCCGAUUUUAACUUAAAGUAAAUGUAAUGUUGAUCCCUUUUGUGAAUGGAGGACAUACAGCCUCUUAAAAUAAUCACAGCUUAAUGCUAAAAAAAUUAAAUGUCCAUAAAACACCAAGAUUGACUUAUGCAAAAUUUAUUUUAUCUAUUUGUAGUUACAUGCUAAGACAAAAUUGAUUGGACUUUUUGGCAAGUGAAGUCUGGAUUUUUUAUGGAGUCUUGAAAACAGAUGUGCUUCAGUGUUAGCCUCUGAGACACGUUUUACCAAAUUUGUAUUAUGUGCCUAUCAACUUGAGUCUGUCAAUUUAAAUGUUUGUCAGUAUGAGCUUUUCAGUGUUAAGUAUCCUUUGUAGAGUCCUGUUUAUUUCUGAAGUCUAUUUUAAUGUUUUUAUGUCUGUAAAUAUCUUAUUAUGUACCAAAGAAAAAAAUAAACAUAAUUUUGUUACGAUAAUCUUGUCAGAGGUU